CACGGGUCUUCCCAUGGUCGAAACCAUCUGCAUCCCGACAAAUUGCAGUUGAUGUGCAACUGAGCCAACUUGAGCCUCUGUGGCUCCCUCUGUGGCUACCGAGUACUCUUGACGUCACUCUACAACCACUCUACAGUCAUCCACCGAAAGGAUCAAGAGGCGAGUCUAAGCGUUUCUUCACUAGUCAUGGAUACUGCCACUCUUAGCAGCUCUUCCCUGCAUCUACUCAGCGAUGACAUACAAAAUUUACCUGAGAGCAGGAAUUCACACGGGAACUCUGCGAAGACUACUAAAGAAGACGCGAGAGCUGACCAAAAAGCAGGCGAGAUCACCAAUCUCUGUGUCAACAAGUCAUGGCUGGCAAAAAGAGGCCGCAAAGAAAUAACUUCCAACUCGGUGAAUACAGAAACAGCCACCGCUGAAGAUCAUAUAACCGAGGACCCGGGUAACUUGAGCAGGAGGGAGUGGACGGGUCUGUCAGAACCCUCAGGUUCAGUUCUCCCGCACCAGCAGCAACAGCAGCAGCAGCAGCAGCAGCAGCACCAGCAGCAGCAGCAGCACCAGCAGCAGCAGCACAACGCAGAGAGAGGAAACAGCCCUUUCUAUGGGAAAGUGAGGAAUAUUACGAAUAAUGUGCUUAAUGAAUCAUUCAAUCACGAAGAUAUCUCACUUGUGAAGAAUUCUUUUAACCUCUCUCCGAAGUCAUCACCUGUCUGCUCAUGUAAAAGAAAUCCAUCUUGCCGAAGUUCCAUAUCAAAAACUUUCAAUGUUGAUUUGCAAGAGAAUAACGAUCAAGAUAUUGAGUGUAAGAAUAACGUUUUCCUAAGGGAAUCUUGCAGAUGCAAGGCUACGAGUAAGGUGCGUAGUAAGAGACGGGCAGAUGGAAGUAUCAACAAUGUUUGGCCGUUUUCACAGAUAGAACUUAUGAAAAGACGCAGUGCCGAAAUUUCUGAACUUAGGCAUGCACUUGAAGAGAAGAUAAACUGUCAAAAUCCUCACUAUAACACCCAUGAUAAUGUGAACUGGGAUCACAGGCUUAAAUCUAUGCAUUUAUCAAGUAAGAAGCAGCCUUCGUGUGCGCACAAGCACUUUUCCAGAGAAAAUCCCAUUGAAAACGAAAAUAAAGUUCCUCCUAAUCUACUACAGCAUAACAACAUUUGCAUCUCGUGUCCUGGGGUCCUCCGGCAGCACGACAAACCUCCGGCACCUCCCAGGUCCAUGGACCCCAGGAAACUCAAGUACCUCAUGGACGAUGCUAUAGAAACCUCUCCACUGAAGGAUGUAAAGCUCUCCGGACCAUUUCUUUGCCACGGGUGUUCUAGUCCAAUCAAUUUGAGCCCACACCAGAACCCAGGGACAAUUAUUUCACGUGGAGGGAUUGCAGAUUCUUGCUGGAUGUGCGAGCCCCCCGCGGGCACGUUAGGACCAAGAACACUUCAGGAGGCCGAGGGGACCCGACACAACCAGGACGCAGAAGGAGAAACCUCGACACGACCGGUGAAGGGAGACGAGGACCGAGUCAACUACUACCCAAACUGUGACCCGACUAUAUGGAUCCGUACAUGCACCAGUCAGGUCCUCCAGCCUCUCUCCGGCAUCCAGUCGGGGGUGAUCCCCGUGUGGUUGCGCGGUGCGCUGCUACGGAACGGUCCCGGACGCGUCCAGGUGGGCCAGCAUCACUAUAACCACGUCUUCGACGGCUCGGCUCUGCUACACAGGUUCCAUUUCCGGGACGGACGAGUGACUUACCAGAACAAAUUCCUGGAGAGCCGGAGCUACCUGUCGGACACGAAGGCGCAGCGCAUCGUUGUCAACUACUUCGGCACCAGGGCUCACCCUGACCCCUGCAAGACCAUUAUGCGCAAUAUCGCCAGCAAGUUCACCUUAGAGGAGCAUUUCACCGACAACGCCCAGAUCAGCCUCUACCCGUACGGCGACGGUCUCUACGCCCUCACCGAGACGCCUUUCAUCUUCCGUGUUGACCCUGAAACUCUUACCACGCACGAGAAGGUAAACUUGACGAAACACAUCGCUGUGUUUAACCACACCGCUCACCCCCACGUGGAUAGGGAUGGUACUGUGUACAACAUUGGCCAGGGAGUGGGGCCUUUUGGGCCUAGGUAUCAUAUCUGCAAGUUCCCCAAGAGCAAGAUAGACUCCAAAGGUAGGGUGAGGUCGCCUUUCCAGCAAGCCAAGGUGGUGGGCUCAGUGGCUGGCCGCUGGCGCCUCCAUCCCUGCUACAUGCACUCCUUCGCCAUCACCGACAACUACUGGGUUAUCAUCGAGCAGCCUCUUGUCGUCUCCAUUUCGAAGAUCAUCAAGGUCCUGAUCAAGCAGGAUGCACUCAUCGACGCCCUCCAGUGGUGGGAAAAGGAGACGAAGAUCCACGUGGUACAGCGGGCCACCGGGACCGUGACCAGCACCCAGUACAUCACCGACACCUUCUUCUUCCUCCACACCAUCAACGCCUACGAGGACACAGGUCACAUUGUCCUCGACAUCGCUGCCUACAAGAACGCCAAGAUGCUGCAGUGUAUGUUCGUCGAGGCCCUCAAGAACGCCGCCUACGACCCAACAUACGCCCAGAUGUUCCGCGGGCGGCCCAAAAGAUGGGUGCUGCCCCUACACCCUGACGAAAGUGCCGGUCCUGACACUAACCUCAUCACCCUCCCUGGCACGACUUGCCACGGGCGCUGGGUUAAGAAGAACUUAGUCUAUAUCAAGCCAGAGCUCCUAGUCGACAUUGGAUGUGAGGUCCCAAGAAUUCACUACGAUAAAUACAACGGGCGUCAUUAUCAGUACUUCUACGCCAUCUGUAGUGACGUAGAUCACCCCUGCCCCGGCACGCUGGUGAAGGCAGACGUGGUGAAUAAGACUCACUUAGAGUGGAGCGAGGACAACGUCUACCCCUCUGAGCCCAUCUUCGUCCCCUCGCCAGAAGCACAGCGUGAGGACGAUGGUGUGGUGCUGUCCGCGCUACUACGGGCCAGGGGUCUGGACCAGCAGGUGUGUGUGUUGGUGCUCGACGCCUCCACCUUCACAGAGUUGGGUCGAGUAGAGUUCACAGCCCCGGGGCCGGUGCCCAAGUGUCUCCACGGCUGGUGGGUCCAAGAGGGCGCCUUCACCCUCAGUUCUCACCAUAACAUCAAGCCCAAGAAGGUAACUAAGACGCCCAUAUACAAAGGUGCAGGUUAGGCUUUGCUUGAGCACACAGAAAAUGAAUACUGUAAUAAAUGAGUAACUUUUGUUCAGAUUAUUUAUAAUGUUUAUGGAGUUCCACAGAUAAGAGGAGCCAAGAAUGGUGCAUUGUAUCAUUACUUUUAAAUAUUAAUGAUAAAUUAGACAAACAAGAAACAUUGACUAGGCUUUUAAUUCUUACCUUCAAAAGGUUAUAUGUAUAAUAUAAUAUAAUAUCCGGGAAAUGCCUGCUACGUACUCAGUUCCUGUCCGGA